GAACGUGAAAGCGCGCGAACGCGUUCGUAAUAUUGGCGCGCUUUUGAAGUGACAUUAAAAAAAUAAAGUAUUCGAAAAUGGAAGGCUGCGGAAUGAACUGUAUAAAAUAUCUCUUGGUUGUUUUCAAUGCUGUGUUUAUGAUAUUUGGCAUAGUGAUAAUAGCCGCAGCAUGCGUGGAUAUGGGGAUGAUAAAAGGUUUCGCUGGUAUGGAGACCACGGGCCAUGAAACUGACGCAGUGCUGAUAGCAGUUGGGGUGCUGAUCAUCAUUGUCGCUGCCUUCGGCUGCUUCGGUGCUUGGAAGGAAAGCACUAAGCUUUUGUACAUCUUCGUCGGAUGUCUUAUACUAAUCAUUCUACUGGAACUGUCCGUUGGUAUUGCUGCAGCGGCCUUACGACCCCAAAUUGAAGGGACGAUGAAGACGCAACUGCGAGCUUCGUUUAUAAAGAACAAGUCUACAAGGGAAGAGGAUUCGGUGUACAGGGAAUUUUGGGACAAGAUUCAACAUAACCUCAAAUGCUGCGGAGUUACCGGACCAGACAACUACCUGGCCUCCGAGCCCCGCCUCAACCCGUCGUACAGCUGCUGCCCCGAAGACGACUCGGACCGCUCCGUGGAGAUCAAGCGCUCCGACUGCAUCUCCCUCGACACCUUCUACAAGGACGGCUGCGAGGAUAAGGUCCUCAGCACUAUACAUUCCGCGGGCUUGACCGUCAUCGUGUGCGGCAUUCUCUUCUGUUUCUUGGAGGUGGCCGGCAUAGUUUUGGCGCUAUGGCUCGCACACUCCAUAAAAACGGAGGGAAAGAGCCGAGAGACCGCGUAAAUUACAUCUGAAGCACUCGAAGCUUUACGCACUAUACCUAUAUUUGUAUUAAAAUAUACGCAAUUUGUACCUGUUUAAUUUGUAGAUUUGCUAAGAUAUCUGCGUCAUAUAACGGGAAAGUUUUUGUUACUAGCAAUCACAGACUAUACAUUAUAUUUGCAAAUAAAGCUAAUAUAUGAUGCUUCCCAUAUUUUAAAUUGAUUAUUUUCGUAUAUGUUAAUGCUGGUACGUAAUAAAUCUCGUUAUUGCUAAUUAUGUAUGGAAACUUUAUAAUAAGAAUUAAAUUUGCGUUUUCAAUUUAAUAAUACGUUUAAUUAUAAAAUGUAGCCAGCAUUUAGUACUGUUAAGCAUAGUAUUUUUUUCUAUAAGUGAUCCGUCCGUCCUAUUGAAUUUCAGAUAUCUAUAGAUAUUAAUAUUAUGUUAUUAAAAAUUAUUAUUAUUAUAACGGGUACGCAACCGUACAAGUAUUAUUAUUUCUUACUAGCUGGAACCUGCGGGUUC